GUGCGACUGGACGCGGGACGCGGGCUGCGCAUGCGCCUUCAUUACAUCAGCCCGCUGCUCCGUGCUGCCAGCGGGAGCGGUGGAGAAGACGCUGUUUGCCGCUGUGUCUCCCGCGCCUGUUAGGCGCAGCACGCCCGGAAACCGAGAGAGGAGAGGAUAGAGGAAGUGCUUCCCUCGGCUGUAUAAGUAGAAGCAAGAGUAUCUUCUUUCCGCCAGGCAAGUACCCGUAGGAACUGGGCCCCGCCCCCUUCCCGGCCUACACUCCCAUCCCCUCUCCCUGGGCGGAGGUGACGACCCCCUUGGCUCCUCUGGUUCUGUCACUGAGCCCCUGCUAGCCAUGAAGCUCGUAAGGAAGAACAUAGAGAAGGACAAUGCGGGCCAGGUGACCCUGGUCCCCGAGGAGCCUGAGGACAUGUGGCACACUUACAACCUCGUGCAGGUGGGUGACAGCCUGCGCGCCUCCACCAUCCGCAAGGUACAGACCGAGUCCUCCACGGGCAGUGUGGGCAGCAACCGGGUCCGCACUACCCUCACUCUCUGCGUGGAGGCCAUCGACUUCGACUCUCAAGCCUGCCAGCUGCGGGUUAAGGGGACCAACAUCCAAGAGAAUGAGUAUGUCAAGAUGGGGGCUUACCACACCAUCGAGCUGGAGCCCAACCGCCAGUUCACGCUGGCCAAGAAACAGUGGGACAGUGUGGUUCUAGAGCGCAUCGAGCAGGCCUGUGACCCAGCGUGGAGCGCUGAUGUGGCGGCUGUGGUCAUGCAGGAAGGCCUCGCCCAUAUCUGCUUAGUCACUCCCAGCAUGACCCUCACUCGGGCCAAGGUGGAGGUGAACAUCCCUAGGAAAAGGAAAGGCAAUUGCUCUCAGCAUGACCGGGCCUUGGAGCGGUUCUAUGAACAGGUGGUCCAGGCUAUCCAGCGCCACAUACACUUCGAUGUUGUCAAGUGCGUCCUGGUGGCCAGCCCAGGAUUUGUGAGGGAGCAGUUCUGCGACUACAUGUUUCAACAAGCCGUGAAGACUGACAACAAACUGCUCUUGGAAAACCGAUCCAAAUUUCUUCAGGUACAUGCCUCCUCCGGACACAAGUACUCCCUGAAAGAAGCCCUUUGUGACCCUACUGUAGCUAGCCGCCUUUCAGAUACUAAAGCUGCUGGGGAAGUCAAAGCCUUGGAUGACUUCUAUAAAAUGUUACAACAUGAACCAGAUCGAGCUUUCUAUGGACUCAAGCAGGUAGAGAAGGCCAAUGAAGCCAUGGCGAUUGACACAUUACUCAUCAGCGAUGAGCUCUUCAGGCAUCAGGAUGUAGCCACACGGAGCCGGUAUGUGAGGCUGGUGGACAGCGUGAAAGAGAAUGCAGGCACCGUUAGGAUAUUCUCUAGUCUUCACGUUUCUGGGGAACAGCUCAGCCAGUUGACCGGAGUAGCUGCCAUUCUCCGCUUCCCUGUUCCUGAACUCUCUGACCAAGAGGAUGAUUCCAGUUCUGAAGAGGAUUAAUGAUUCAAACUUAAAAUUGAGACUAUCUUGUGUCUCACUCCUAAACUGUUAGAAUACAUUUCUCAGCAUCCUUGUGACAGAAAGCUGCAAGAGUGGCAUUUUUGAUUCAUACAGGGAUUUCUUAUGUAUUUGGUUACACUAGAUAUUUUGUGAUUGGCAAGUCAUGUAUUUAAACAAUAAAAGGAAAUAAUCUCCACAUACUACCAUUUUUAUUUAUUGGGUAAUUUUGUAUAGGAAUGAGUUAUUUGUAGUACUUGGAAAUAGAAAACGUGUAUUUAAUAACAGUGCCUAUACAGUAUGUUGUGUGGGAUAGAUCAUGAAAUUUCACACUGCAUGCUUUGAAACAGUUUUCCUUAGAAAAAGUAUUUGCUAUCUUAUCCUCAGUUUACAUCAUUUAUUUUAAUUCUGCAUGGUAUUCUUGCAUUGCAUUUAAUGAUCCAUCUUCUCCUCACUGCCACACACUGCACUUUUUAAAAAAUUUAAGGAGUUUUACUGUUUUAAAUGAUUGCCGUGCAAUUAGUAGACUCAAAGACAAGUUUUAAAUAUUUUUCUUAAAACAUGUUAAACCAAUCACGUUGACAGGAAAUGCUUGGUUUUGUUUUGUUGUCUUUAGAAUUAGUCAUAUUUGAUUUAGACGGUCACUUAAUUAGUUAUUUUUAGAUUUUAGAGCUUUGAUCUGCUAGGGAUUGUCAAAGUAACCUCUUUGAGGCAUCUUUAUUUUUUAAAUUAGACUAAGUUAAUGUGAUUUGCUUUUAUGUGGCUGAUUAGUGGCAAAGCUGGAAGUCGUUCCCAAUCUGGGAUUUAGUUCUUUGCCCCAAAACAUGCCAUAUUAUUUAUUUAUUUGCUUGUCAAAGUUAUACUUAAUUCUGUAUGUGGCAUUAAUCUGGGUUUGCACAUUUUUAUUGGACUAUUUUAGGUAUGAAGAAGCUUGUUCGAAAGUGUAAGUCACAUGUCUAGUAUAUGGCAGUUGACUUAAACUCCAAUACACUUUACUGUAAUUAUAGAAUUGUGUAAAUACCUCCAAGUUUAAAAUAUUCUCUUUUUUUAAGUAUUUUUGGUGCACAUUUCUAAUAAUUGAGGAAGGAUCCUCAGAAAUGGAAUUGUUUCUUGACCUUUUGCAAACCUCAAUUUAGCAAAAUAAUUAGAAACGAUUUAGUUUGUAAUUGCUGGAUCAGUGAUGCCUACUUCAAGUAGUGAUACUACGUAAACUUUUGCCUGUCUUUCCUGUGUCUGUGGGCCUUCUUCCUAGUAUAACAGACUUGGGGAUUUCUUGUAAACUUCCUAACUAGUCUGAACCUUUUUAUUUCUUAUUGGGAACUGACACUUUCCUAUGCUUUAAAAAUCACAUAUUUAUAUUUUUAUAAAUCUACCUCCUAAUUUAAAAAUAAUUGAGAUUGUCAUUUCAUUAUAAUUCUUUGAGUAUCUUUAAAAUACUAUUCAGAUAUGUUACUAAAUAAUAGGAAUAUAGAAAUGAAGCCACUGAAAUUCUUAAACGUGGAACCUGAUAAUUAUUUUCAGUAAGGAUUUGGAGAUUUUUGGACAUUUAUUACUCUCAUAAUCUAUGCAGUACUGAAAUGAAACCUAAUAAAUGUAGCCAGUACAUGUUAAGCCAUAGGUUCUCAAAGUUAGCUACCUGUUCACCUCAACUUGAGAGCUCUUAAAACCCUAAGUGUCCAGGUCGCAGCCCAGACUAAUUAAAUAACCUUUUGUCCCUAGAAAUGUUUUUUGCUACACAGAUGAUUCUAAUAGGCAUCAAGGCUGAGACCACUGAUUCAGGUUCUCUUCAGAAGUAUGGUCCAUAGACCAGCAGCAUCUCUGAGAGCUUGUUAAAAACUGGAAUUCAUGCCUCUUUUGUAGACAUACUGAGACAAUCUACCUGUACCAAUAUCUAUCUCCAGGUGAUUCCUGCACGUAAUAAAAUCUGAUAAACAAAGGCAAUAGGUUAUUCUGUGCUCGUAAAUCUCUGGGAGGAGUCACCAGUCAGACAAAGACUUUAGUAUUGAAGUCUUUCAACAGUUAACUGGCCAUACUCAACUAUCUAUAAAACCUCUAUACAUGUCUGUUUUUUAUGUCUAUGAAUUAUUUAAUUAAAUAAAAUUUAACUCAUUUUUAAGAAAUUACA